ACAAGCUCUCUGUGAUAGGAACAUCUCCAAAAGUGGAGUUGUUCUAGUGGGUUCAUAACGACUCGUAGCUACUAAGGUUUCAUACUAAGAAGCCUUCUCCUCCAAGCACAAUAUGCGUGCAUUCGUGGUACUCGCCUGUGUGGCGCUCGCCUACGGCCGCCCUGAGCCCCCAGUCGGCUACAGCUACUCCGCGCCCAGCGCGAGGUACUCCGCGCCUUCCGGCAGCUAUGGAGCUCCGUCCGCUGGCGGACACAGAACCAUCUCUGUAGGAGGACACUCCUCCGGUGGGAUCUCUUUCGGACACUCCUCUGGUGGAAUCUCCCUGGGUGGCGGACACUCCUCGGGCGGCCUUUCCCUCGGUGGCGGACACUCCUCUGGCGGACUCUCCCUCGGCGGCGGACACUCCUCUGGCGGACUCUCCCUUGGUGGCGGACACUCCUCCGGUGGAAUCUCUCUGGGUGGCAGCGGAUUCGGUGGUGACUCUGGCUUCGGAGGUGGAUACGCCGGCGGAUACUCUGGCGCUCCUCUCGUCCAGAAACACAUCUACGUCCACGUGCCCCCACCAGAACCCGUUGAGCACAGGGCUCCUCGCAUUCCUGAAGUAGCACCUCCUCAGAAGCACUACAAGAUCAUCUUCAUCAAGGCCCCGACUCCCCCUACCCCCGUCGCGCCCAUCAUCCCCGUUCAGGCCCAGAACGAAGAGAAGACCCUCGUAUACGUGCUCGUCAAGAAGCCCGAAGAGCAGCCCGACAUCGUUAUUCCGACCCCGGCUCCCACUCAGCCCUCCAAACCCGAAGUUUACUUCAUCAAGUACCAGACCCAGAAGGAAUCUGGUGGUGCUAUCGGAGGUGGUGCUAUCGGCGGUGGUGCUAUCGGCGGCGGUGCUAUUGCCGGUGGUGCUAUUGGAGGCGGCAUCGGCGGUGGUGACUUGGGCGGCAUCAGCCUUGGCGGUGCUGGCAUCGGUGGCGGCGCUGGUGUGGGCGGUGGUGCCGGCGGACACGGUGGUGAUGACAUCGGCGCUGACUUCGGUGCUACUGGUGGCGAUGACGGCAGCUCUGACGCCGGCCACGGUGGUGCUACCAGCUCUCAGUACGGUCCUCCCGGACACGUUGCUGGACCCCUUCACUAAGAUAAAGACGUGAUGCGAGUGGUAGGAUAGGUGAUAUUUAUUGCUGUGCGAAAAUCAGUAUUCUUGACCAUUCCCAAAAAUGAAGCGUGCUGUCACCUGUCACUUGCCCCGCGGCGCGCGGCUAGCGCCCUGUACAUAGUCUUCACCAGCGUUGACUGCGCGCGCGCUUAUCAUAAACGCUUCAUAGUUCUCAUCUUCGCAACUCAUCUCUACUUGUUAUUAGUGCACAAGUGUUAAUGUUAUCCUAAAGGAGGUAAUUUACAGCGACUGUUACGUUAUGUAUUAUAGCUUUUUUAUUGUCGUAAUAAAGAAAUAUAAGUGA